UCUAAUUCACCGACAGAAAAACCAGGCCGCGGGACCUUUAAGGAGCAGCGCCGACUCUCACCUUGCUUUCCCCCGUGAUCCUCACACCCGCUUCUCCACAACUCCCGCUGUCACCCGGGCUGCGAUGCCGCUGGUGAUCCUGUGCGGCUUUCCCUGCAGUGGCAAGAGCCGCCGGGCGGCGGAGCUGAGCGAGUUUUUCCGCGAGAGGCGGCGGAAAGUGGCGGCGGUGGAAGAGAACCUGAGGGCGGAGAGAAACUCGGUGUAUGCCGAUUCUCGGAAGGAGAAGGAUCUGCGAGGAUCACUGAAAGCUGAAGUGGAAAGGAAAAUCAAUAAGGAAGAUGUAGUAAUUAUGGAUUCUCUAAAUUACAUCAAAGGCUACAGAUAUGAACUUUUCUGCCUGGUAAAGCAUGCACAGACCCCACACUGCCUGAUUCACUGUGACACUGCUGUCGAUAUCUGUUCAUUGUGGAACCGGAACAGAGAGCCAGAGGAGCAAUACUCCCAAGAAAUUUUCGAUGCAUUGGUGAUGCGAUUUGAGGCUCCAGAUUCCCGGAACCGGUGGGACAGUCCAUUGUUCACCAUCCAGAAAGAAGAUACCCUCCCGUUUGAGGAAAUUUGCGAUGCAAUCUUCCAUAGGAAAGCCCCACCGCCCAACCAGUCAACGCUGAAUCAACCACUUUCCUCAACGAACUUCAUGUAUGAGUUGGAUCGAGUAACACAGGAGAUGAUCAUGACAAUAUUAAACACACAGAAGACAAGUGUACCGGGAGACCAGAUAACAGUGCCUGGAGCCAAUGUGAAGAUUGAGCUAACACGAAACCUCCAAAUGGCUGAACUUCGCAAACUGAGGCGACAGUUCAUCAGCUACACCAAGAUGCACCCGACGGAGAAUAUUGGACAGAUAGCAAACAUGUUUGUGCAGUACAUUAACCGGAGCCUCCACUAACAUGCAACCGAAUGUAGCAAAUUGUGGCUUGGAUUUCUUUAAUAAUAAUAAUAAUAAUAAUAAUAAUAAUAAUAAUAAUAAAGUAUUUUUAGACCAAGAUCAUUUUCUUCUUUGCCUGUCCAGCUGAAAGUAUUGAUGCUUAAAACAGGACAUUUAAUGUAACGACUGUGAUGGAGCAACUUAAUUGAGGAUGAUGAAAUAAAAACAGAAUGCUGGAGAAACUCAGCAUCAAUGGAGAGACAAACAGUUAACAUUUUGAGUCUGAUAUGACUAUAACACCAUUGGACGUAGGACCGAAAGUAGGCUGUUCAGUCUAUUGAGUGUGCUCUGCUAAUCAGAGCAUGGCUAAUCUGGUAAUCCUCAACUCCAUUUUUCACAAUAACUCAUUAUUACUGAUUUAAAAGUUUGUCCAUCUCAGCCUUGAAUAUACUUAAUGACGCAGCCUUCACACCUCUCUGUGGUAAAGAAUUCCACAGAGAACAAAUUUCCUCAUUUCUGUCUUACAUGGAUGACAUCUUUUUCUGAGGUUCAGUCCAAUAAGCAUGGCUAUUUAAACAGAGCUUUCCAAUUAAUCCCACUCUCUGUUCAGCCCUGGAAACUAUCCCUUAUCCAGCAUGUGUUCAAGUUCCUUUUAAAAUUCUCUAUUAAAUCUGCUUUCAGCAUUAUUCCAGAUGAUAAACCGAUUGGCAAAAAAACCCCUCUAUUUUUGCCUUUUUUUUUUCCAACAAUUAUCUUAAACCUGGAUUCUCUGGUUACCAUUCGUCCUGCCAAUCAGAUCAGGUUCACCCAAUGCAUUCUAUCAAACUUCUCAAUUAGAAGCAGAGUGGUACAGCACAGAAGGAGCCUCAGAUGUCCCCUAAGAAUCUUGUAUGUUUCAACAAGUUCAUCUUUCAUUAUCCUAAGCUCCAGUGAGUACAAACCCAAUUCUCCUCAAAGAUCAAAGACAGAUGAAUUUAGAGUAUGGAUUAGUGCAUGUAACUAUGAAGUUGAACCUAUAAUAGAGACUUGGUUGUGCGACAGGCAAGACUGGCAGCUUAAUGUUCCAGGAUUUAAAUGUUUCAGGCAAGGUAGAGAGGGAUAUAAAACGUGUGGGUGUGUUACAUUACUGAUUAGGGAGAAUGACAACUGUACUGAAGGACGACAUCUUGGAGGGCUCAUCCAGUGAAACUAUAUGAAUAGACCUCAAGAACAGGAAGGGCACAAUCAUUUAGGGGUUUUACUACAGGUCUCUGACAGCUAGAUAUAGAGGAGCAGAUGUGUGGACAGAUUAUGGAAAAAUGUAAAAACAACAUGGUUGCUGUGCAGGGUGAUUUUCAUGUCCCAUAUAUUGACUGGAGUUCCCUUAAUGCCAACAGCUUAGAUGGGAGGGGAAUUUGUUAGACAUAUCCAGGAGAGUUUUUUGAAACUAUAUACAAAUAGUCUAACUCAAGGGAAGGGCCAUACUAGACCUGAUAUUGGGGAAUGAGCCUGGUUAGGUGAUUGAAGUUUCAGCACAGAGACAUUUCAAAAACAGUGACCAUAAUUCCAUUAGUUUAAAGUUACUCACAGAUAAGGAUAAAGAUAGUUCUCGUGUAAAAAUACUGAAUUGGUGGGAGACAAAUUAUGGUAAUAUUAGGCAGGAACUGGAGAAUGUAGACUGGGAGUGGCUGUUUAAGGGUAAAUUCUUACCUGUCAUGCAGGGUGCUUUUAAAGGCCACUUAAGAGUUCAGGACCAUCAGGUUUCUGAAAAUGAAGAAUAAGGAUGGCAACUUAGGUGAAAUUGUAAGCUUAGUCAGAAAGUAUAAGGAAGCAUACAUAAGGUUUAGGAAACUGAAAACAGACACCCUUAGAGGAAUUCAUAAAUAGAAUCCCUACAGUGUGGAAGCAGGCCAUUUGAGUCCACACCACCCCUCUGAAGAGCAUCCCACCUGCACCCCUACCCUCUCCCUACAACCCUACAUUUCCCAUGGCUAAUCCACCUAGCAACACAUCCCUGAAUACUAUAGCCAAUUUAGCAUGACCAAUCCACCUAUUCUGCACAUCUUCGGACUGUGGGAGGAAUCCAGAGCACCUGGAGGAAACCCAGGGAGAACAUGCAAACUCCACACAGACAGACACCUGAGGCUGGAAUCAAACCUGGGUCCCUAGCACUGCGAGGCGGCAACGCUAACCACUGAACCACAGUACCAUUUAAAAAAAGGAAAGAACUUAAACAAGGAAUUAAGAGGGCUAAAUUAGACCAUGAAAUAACCUUGGCAAACAGAAUUAAGGAAAAUCCCAAGGGGCAGGAGGGUAGCUAGGGAAAGGGUAAGUGCACUCAAAGCACAAAGGAGGGAAUUUAUGCCUGGAGCUGAAGGAGGUGGGUGAGGUCCUUAACAAAUACUUUGAAUGGGGAGGACAUGGUGCAAUGUGAGUCCAAAGAGGAGUAUGUUGAUAUUCUAGGGCCUGUUGAUAUAAAAAAGAUGUUGGGUGUUCCAAAAAGGAUUAAGGUAUACAAGUUCCCUAGGUCUGUCCCAGAUUACUGUGGGAGGAAAUUGCUGGGACCUUGUACAAAACUUUUGCAUCCUCUUUAGUCACAGAGGACUGGAGAAUAGCCAGUGUUGUUCAUUUUUUAAAAAGGGCAACAGGGAUAAUCUGGGAAAUUGUAGGCUGGUGAGCCUUGCAUCAGUGGUUGGGAAAUUACUGGAGAAGGUUCUUAGGAACAGGGUUUAUUAACAUUUCGAUAAAACAUGGACUUAUUAGCAAUAGGCAGCAUGGCUUUGUGUGGAGUAAGUCAUGUCUCACAAACUCGAUUGAUUUUUGAUAAAGAUGAUUGAUGAGGGCAGGGUGGUAGAUGUCUAUACGGACUUUAGUGGGGCCUUUGAUAUGGUAGGAUAAUUCUGAAGUUAAGUCACAAAGGAUUUGCAGUGAGCUGGUAAAAAUUGUUACAGACCUGAUCACAGCAGGCAGAGAGUAGUGGUGGAAGAGAUAACAAAGUGUGGGGCUGGAUGAACACAGCAGGCCGAGCAGCAUCUUAGGAGCACAAAAGCUGACGUUUCAGGCCUAGACUUGCUUUUCUGAGUGGAGACCUGUGACCAGUGGUGUUCAACAGGGGUCAGUGCUGGGACCCCUGUUUGUAAUAUAUAUAUAUGGUUAAAUGAUUUGGGGAACAUAGGUGACCAGAUUAGUAAGUUUGUGGGUGGCAAAAGUUUGGACGAGCUGUGGAUAGUGAAGAGGAUUUAGCAGAAUAUAGAUAGGCUGGAGACUUGGUCACAGAAAUGGCAGAUGGCAUUUAAUUUGGGCAAACGCAUUUUGAAAGUUCUAAUAUAGGAGGAAAGUAUACAGUAAAUGACAGAAUCAUUAGAAGUAUUGACAUACAGAAGGAUACAGCUUCACAGAUCCACAGAUCCCUGAAUGUAUGACACAAGUGGAUAAGAUGGGCAACAGGGCAUAUAGCAUGCUUGCCUUAAUUGGUUGGAAAUAGAGUAUAAAAUCUGGCAUGUCGUGUUAUAGCUGUAUAGCAUUUUAGUUAGGCCACAUUGAAAUGUUGCAUACAGUUCUGGUCACCACACUAGGAUGUGAAGGCUUCAGAGAGAGUACAAAAGUGAUCUACCAGGAUUUUGUCCGACUUGAAAGGAUGAGGAGAGAUUUGAGAAACUCGGUUUGUUUCGCAUCGCAUUUUGGAGGCUGAAGAGGCAACCUGAUUGAGGUCUACAACAUUAUGAGAGGAAUGGAUAGUUGGUAUCUUUUUCUCAGGGUACAAUUGUCAAUUACUGGGGGGGAAAGGCUAAUAGGGGAAAAGUUUAAAGAUGUGAGAGGCACGUUUUUGUACACAGAGUUUGUUGUAUGGGGAGUGAUUGAAGAUUCUGGGUCUGCCCUCAGAGUUUAGAAGGAUGAGGAGAGAAUCUCAUUGAAAUUAAAUACAGAGAGGCCUGGAUAAAGUAGAUGUGGAGAAGAUGCUGCCAUUAGACUAGCUCUCAGGGCAGAGCCUCAGAGUGAAAGACAACCCUUCAGAACUGAGAUUAGGAGUUAUUUCUUAGCCAUAGAGUUUUUAAUCUGUGGAACUCAUUGCUGCAGGGGGCUGUGUAGGUCAGUUCACUGAGAGCGUUUAAGAUGAAGAUAGGCAAGCUCUUGAUUAGUGAGGGAUCAGGGGUUAUGGGGAGUAGGCAGGAAAAUGAUGUUAAGAAUGAUACCAGCCAUGAUCAAAUAAACAAAUAUUUCACAUCAAUAUUUACUGUGGAGAGGGAUGUGGAAACUAGGGAAGUUGGGGAAAUGAAUAGUCAUAUCUUGAUAAGAGUUCAUAUGACAAAAGAGGAGAUGCUGGAGGUCUUGAAACACAAAGGUACCUAAAUCCCUGGAACCUGAUCAGGUCUUUCCCAGAACUUUGUGAAAAGCUAGGGAAGAGAUUGCUGGCCCCCCUGUCGAGAUAGAUGUAUCAUCAACAGCUGUGGGCGAAGUGCCCGAAUGCUGGUGGUUGGCUAACGUGGUGCCAUUAUUUAAGAAAGCUUUAAGGAAAAACCAAGGAACUAUAGACCAGUUAGCCUGACAUCAGUGGUGCGUAAGUUGUUGCAGGAGAAUGUGAGGGUCAGGAUUUACAUGCAUUUGGAAAGGUAAGGACUGAUUGGGGAAACAUGGCUUUCUGGCUGCUUGCUAACUUGAUGAGUUUUUUGAAGAGGUGACAAAGAAGAUUGAUGAAGGCAGAAUGGUAGAUGUGGUCUACAUGGACUUCAGCAAAGUGUUUGACAAGGUUCCACAUCGUAGACUGUUUGGUAAGAUUAGAUCACAUGGGAUCCAAGGGGAGCUAGUCAAUUGGAUACAAAAUUAGCUUGAAGGUAGGAGACAGAGGGUGGUGGUAGAGGGUUGCUUUUUGGACUGGAGGCCUGUGACCAGUGAUGUGCCACAAGGAUUUGUGCUGGGUCCACUGCUUUUUGUCAUUUAUAUAACCAAUUUGGAUGUAAAUGUAGGAAGUAUGGUUAAUAAGUUUACAGAUAACACCAAAAUAGGUGGUGCAGUGAACAGUGAAGAAGAUGAUCUCAGAGUACAACAGGAACUUGAUUAGAUGGAGUAGCAGAUGGAGUUUAAUUUAGAUACAUAUGAGGUGUUGCAUUUUUGGUAAGGCAAACCAGACCAGGACUUAUACAGUUAAUAGUAGGGCCCUGGGGUGUGUUGCCGAAUAAAGAGACCUAGGAGUUAACAGCCGAAGUCUUUCUUAGGGUAAGGGGAGUCCAAAACCAGAGGACACAGAUUUAAGACGAUGUCAGUUUGGUGCAGACAAGUUGGACUGAAGCUCUGUUUCUCUGCUAUAUGACUGAGUGGUGGAGCAGACUUGAUGGGCUGUCGGAGGUGGUGGAGGCUGAUGCAAUAGAUAUGUCUAAGAGGCGUCUGGACAAAUAUCUGAAUAGGCAGAGAAUAGAGGGAUACAGCUCCCAUAGAGGCAAAUGGUUUUAGUUUAGAAAGGUAUUGUGUGUUGGUAUAGUCUCAGCAGGCUGAAGGGCCUGUUCUUUUGCUGUAAUGUUCUUGUUGAAAUUGUUUGCAUGAAAUGCCUCUGGACGGAUGCUGGAUUUUUCAGUUUCCUUCUCCUGUGCUGCUAAUGGUCUAAGUGUGAGUUUGUCUGACUGUGAAUCUUUAUCUAUUGGUGUUUCAUUUUGAACUCCAGUACCUUAGCUUUUGUGAUUCUGAGACUUGGAAGCUUCUGUCUCCCACUGUCCAGCCAUGUCUCCAGGGAUAGUCUAUUUCAGUCUUGUACUUCAUCAUCUUUAUGUGUGACAGAUAUCUCAGACAGCCUGGCUCUCUUACUGGGACUGCUCGACACAAUCUGAUGGUUUCUUCAAUCUCCAUCAGUGUCACUGCUUCCUGGGACUGACAGGAAUUGCGUGCGAUCCAAGCCUUUCAGAAGCAGCAGAGUUUGUUUGGGAGUUUGUGUUUUCCCUCACGUUUUCAGAGGUAAUUAUCCCAGGAUAGAAUUUAGCUGAAACCACAGCAGUUGUUUAAAAUCUCACCCAAUGUGGGAGAGAAAAUAAAUAGCUUAUGAAAUUUUUUCUCUGCUUUUCUGAAAUUCUUUGAAAAGAAUUCUGGUUAAAAGAGGAAUUCUUGCCAAUCUUUUUCAUCCUGAAUCCAUGACAGACAGCUUUUUAUACUGAAUUUUUUAUUCAAGUCCUUGUUAGUCAUCCCUUGUGAAUGUGAAAUGUGGCAUUCUGUGCAACAGGAGUGAGGCCAUUUGGCUUCAUGGGUUCGUGCUGGCUCUGAAGGUGCUGCUCAAUCAGUUUCUCCUUCCCACCCUAUCCUUUUCCUUAGGGAUUUUUCCUUUGAGUCUAUCCUAUCCCCCUUAAAAGUCAUUUUUGAAGCUGUUCCACUCCAAGAACAUGAGAUAGGAGUAGGGGCAGACCAUUCAGCUCAUUGAUAACGCCACCCACCAAAGUCACUCCACCAUUCAAUAUGAUCAAGGCUCAUCCUGGGGCUUCAACUUAAUCAUCAUCUCAUGCAUUCCCCAUUUUCUUCGAUUUGCCAAGAGACCAAAAAUCUCCCUGUUCCGGACUUAAAUAUGUAAGCGAUGCUGGAGCAUCCAUAACUUUCUGGAGUACAGAAUUCCAAGGAUUCUCAACCCUUUGGGUGAAGUACCUGCUCCUCAUCUCAAUCCUAAAUGGUCAGUUCCUUGUCAUGAACACAUGGUCCCAGGUUUUCAAUUCUCUGAAAAGCAGAAACAGUCUCUUUAGCUUCAACCCUGAGCGACUCCUUCUGAAUCUUGUACGAUGUGAAGGCUAUGUUUAUUGUAGGUGGUGGUUCAGUUGUACAAGACCAAUCUGGAAACUUUGGCUUGUAGCUGAGCAUUGCUGUUACUGGGACAUAUUUCAGUCCCAUUACUGUCUAUGCUCAGGUGAGGAGUGGCUGUCACAUACCAGGAUCAGGAGGUAUCUGGGAUGCAGGUUAAAUUUCACAUUCCCCACUCUUCCCACCACAGCAAGGGUCUGAACCAGGAAAGAAGAACAGAGGUUGCAGGACUACACCAUCACCCUACUCCCUUCAUUCCAAUCCUGUUACUCACUCCAUUCACGUCACAAACUCUCUUCUCUGCUCUACUCCCAUCCGUUCCUUGUACAUCACUGCCUCUACCCCACAGCAUAAAACACAACUAUUUUUACCAGUUACCAAGUUCAGUAUUAAUACCUUAUCAAUACUGGAUUUUACUAAGAUCUGUAAACCAUGUUUAUUAUCAAAUUAAAACUUAUUCAAUGAAGAUUUAAUAUUUGGUUAAAAUGCACAGCUUGUAAUAUAUAAUGUCUAAGUGCUUAAACCUAUAAGUAUCCCAAAACGCACAUACACUCUUCAGGAACAGAGAAAAACAGAACUGAUUUCUCUGCAGAGAUUGGUUUUCUGAAAAAGUAACUUUGCCAGUGAGUUUUUUUAAAAGUCAAAAUGAUAAAGCAUUAGACGAUAACGCUCAUAGUCUCCCAGCCCCAUACAGCUUGCUUCUACCUCCUUUUCAAAAUCCUCAAACAGAACUCAUUGUUUCUGCCUGCUCCUGCCCUACAGAACCUGUCCAUUCCUACCUCAACUUAAUUCUUUCUCCCCUUAUCCAGUCCCUUCCCACUUAUGUCAAUGAUUCCUCUGAUGCUUUACAUCAGUUACAGAAUUUUCAGUUUGCGAGCUCCAGCUGACUAUUGUUUACCAUGAAUGUGCAAUCCCUUUACAUGUCCAUCCCCCCAUCAGGAUGGUCUCAGGGCUCUCCACUUCUUCCUGGAACAAAGGCCUGAACUGUCCCCAUCCAUCACCACCCUUCCUCUGCCUGGCUGAGCUCAUCCUCACCCUGAACAAAUUUUCUUUAAUUUCUCUCACUUUCUUCAAGUCAAAGGGCUAUGGGUACCUGCACUUUUUAUCUUUAUUCAUUCAGGGCAUGAGGCAUCGCUGGCCAGGCAGCAUUUAUUGCCCAUCCAUUAUUGCCCAGAGGGCACUUAAUAGUCAACCACUUUGCUGUGGGUCUGGAGUCACAUGUAGGCCAGACCAGGCAGUUUCCUUCCCUAAAGGACAUUAGUGAACCAGAGAGGAUUUUCUGACAAUCAACAAUCGAAUCACGGUUAUCAUUAGUUUCUUAAUUCCAGAUAUUUAUUCAACUGAAAUUUCGCCAUCUGCCAUGGCAGGAUUCAAACAUGGGUCCCCAGAAUGUUGUCUGGUCCAGCAAUAAUACCACUAGGCCAUCGCCUCCCCUUACAGCAUGGGCCCCAGUUCUACUUGUCUCUUUGAGGGCAUGUGCUACAUUCUUUAAUCCACUCCUACUCUGGCCUUCACCCACAACUCUUUCACCAAAAUAUCAAUGAUACCAUCAGGGCCGCUUCUCUCUCUUGUCCGAAAUUGGAAAAGUUGAUCAAUUUUGCUUCCAAUUUUCAUCCCAUUGUCAUCUUCACCUGGUCCAUCUCCGAUUCCUCCCUUCCCUUCUCAACACCUGUUUCCAAUGCUGGCCACCAGUACCCCUAGAAACCCACCGAUUUCCACAGCCACCUAGAAUAUACACCCUGCUUCCUGUGAAGACACUAUUCCAUCCUCCCAGUUCCUCAGUCUCCAUUGCAUCUGUUCACAUGAUGCCAAAUUCAACAAGGGAGCCUCCAAAAUGUCCCCUUUCUUCCUCAACUAAGGAUUUCUCAGCACCAUGGCUGACAGGACCCUCAGUCAGGUCCAAACCAUCUCCUGUACUUCAGCCCUCUCCCUGUCACUUCCCUCCCGUAACAGGUGAUAGGAUUCCCCUUGGUCUUACCUCCCACCUCAGCAGCAUCCACAUCCAGAGGAUCAUUAGCCACUAUUCCCGCCACCUCCAGUGGGAUACCACCACCAGACACAUAUUGCCCUCCCGUGUUAGCCUUCUGCAAGGACUACUUCUUGGACACCCUGGUUCACUCUUCCCUCGCUCCCAGCACCCCCACAGCCCCAAAGCACUUUUCCCUGCAACUGCAGAAGGUGUAACACCUGCCCAUUUGCUUCCUCCCUCCUCACCAACCAAGGCCCCAAACAUACCUUCCAGGUGAAGUAGCAAUUUAUCUGCACUUCACUCAAUCUACGAAGAACAAAGAAAAUUACAGUAUAGGAGCAGGCUCUUCGGCCCUCCAAGCCUGCACCGACAUGCUCCCCAUCACAACUAAAACCCCCCACCCUUCCAUGGACUGUAUCCCUCUAUUCCUGUCCUAUUCAUGUAUUUGUCAAGACGUCCUUUAAAAGUCACUAUGGUAUCUGCUUCCACUACCUCCAGCAGCAAGUUCCAGGCACCCACCAUGCUCUGUGUAAAAAAAACUUGCCUCGUACAUCACCUUUAAACCUUGCCCCUCGCACCUUAAACACAUGGCCGCUGGUAACUGACUCUUCUACCCUGGGAAGAAUCUUCUGACUAUCUACUCUGUCCAUGCCCUUCAUAAUCUUGUAGAGCUCUAUCAGGUCGCCCCUCAACUUCCGUCAUAGCAGUGAGAACAACCCAAGUUUCUGCAACCUCUACUCAUAGUUAAUGCCCACUAUACCAGGCAACAUCCUGGUAAAUCUUUUCUGUACCCUCUCCCAAGCCAUCAAAUCCUUCUUGUAGUGUGGUGACCAUAAUUGGAUACAACAUUCCAAAUAUGGACGAACUAAGGUUUUAUAAAGCUGCCAACUUUUAAACUCAGUGCCGCGGCCGAUGAAGGCGAGCAUGCUAUAUGCCUUGUUGACUACCUUCUCCACCUGUGUUGUCCCUUUCAGUGACCUGUGUACCUGUACAGCCAGACCCCUCUGCCUAUCAGUACUCUUAAGUGUUCUGCCAUUUACUGUAUAAAGUUUAUCUAGUUUACUGCUUUCACUGCUCACAGCGUUGUCUCCUCUACAAUGGGGAAAUGAAGCAUAGACUGGGUGACUGAUUUGCAGAACACCCACGUUCUGUCUGAAGAAAAGACCCUGAGCUACCAACUGCCUUUUGCUUUGACACACCACCAUGUUCCCUUGCCAAUGUCUCUGUCUCAGGCUUGCUGCGGCGUUCCUGCAAAGCUCUUUUCCACUUGGGAACUCUACAGCCUUCUGGACUCAAUAUCAAGGUCAGCAAUUUUAGGGCUUGAAGCAUCUUCUCCCAUGUCCUUACCCUACCCCCACACACCAGGCCUUAUUAUAACAUGGUCUGCUACUACACACAACCUAUUGUUAGCCACUAAUUGUUGCCAUUACUAGCUAUUCAUUCUCCCAGCCAGAUUGUUAUCUAUUCCCGUCUGACUGUUCUUCUCUCUCUUUGGGCUCUACCUCCACUUAUUGCUUACUCCUUAGCCCCUCCCCCACCCUACCUUCUGCAUACAAACCAACUUAUUCAUAGUUACCAUCAGUUCUGAGGAAGGCUCACUGGACUCAAAAUGUUAACUUUGAUUUCUCUCCAUAGAUGCUGCCAGGCCUGCUGAGAUUUUCCAGUAAUUUAUGCUUUUGUUUCUGAUUCCCAGCAUCUGCAGUUCUUUCAUUCUUAUAAAGCAUUAGGUGGUUGGAAGCCUGUUACAAUGAUGUUGUAGUGUGUGAUCAAGUUAAUGAGAGACAUUAAUCUUCAGAGUCUUGCAGAACUAGCUUGUUCAGGAAAUACAAUCUUAAGACAUUAUUUCAAGUCACUCUUUCAAAAGAACAAGUAAGUUUCGCCUUGAGAUGAAGUUGAGGGUUUUAUUUUCAGGAAUGGGAGGGAUCAGCUAGACAGCUUGUUCAGAGCAAGCUUUCCUCCAACUCAGUUUGUUCCUUGUAGGCUUCAACUGAAUAUGAGCAUGUUACCAAGCCCAGCCCAAUAGGAGCUUUGGCAAAAUAAGCAGUUAUCAUUACUCAAUCAGACUUCUAGCAUUGUCACUGAAAACCUCCAAUGACCACAGUGAACUUUCAAUGACCUCUUUCAAAGAAACCAAUUCAGGUAUGUGCUCAAAAUUUGAGACAGGUUCCUGUUUCCACAGCCUUCAAAACAUGUAUUUAAUAUUGUUAGAAGGAUAUGUAAAAAGCAUUUAAUCCAAUUAAAACCAAUCAGUUGACUUAAAACAAAGUGAUUUGUCAAAGAAUCAGUACCCUUUCUCUUGUGCAGUAAAAACUGUUUUUCCCUUCAGCAUUCUUGCAUUUGCCCUGAUGAGUUAUGUCAAAAAGCUUUAGCAGCACAGAUCUUUCUUCCAGCAAUACACAACUUCAGUCUAGAACAGAACUAUUAUAAUAUGCAGAUGUCUUCAGAUUUAUAAAUGGUGGGGAGAUGGGAGGGAGUAUCAAAGAACCUUGGAACUGGUAGGGGUAAGUCUGCUAACUAUCGACAACAAACUGCACUGAUGUGACAUACAAACAUAGCAUAUUGUUGCAAGCCCUUGUGUUAUUGACCAGUUUCAAAAAUGCUUUAACACAAAGCAUACUUUUGAAUAGUUGUCAAUUUUGACAGAUAGAACCUUAAUAUGUUGCAGCUCAGAAGGGUCUGUUCUCCUAUCGUGGCUGUUCUGACUGUUUAAGAAAACUUCAAAUUUAGUCCAGCUGCUCAGUGGUUACUUGCAAAUUCCUCCCCAUGUGUAAAUACCUAUUGAAGGUUACACAGGAACCACUGGUCAUUCAUCCCCUCUAACCUGAUCCGUCAUUCAAUUAGAUCAAAGCUGAUCUGUGACUUAACUACAUAACCCUUCCUUUGGCCCAUACCCCUCAAUACCUUUGCUCAUAAAAGAAACAUCCAUCUCAGAUUUAAAAUGACUGAUCUGGCAUCAACUGCCAUUUGUGGAAGAGAAUUCCAAACAUCUACCACCCUUUGUAUGUAGAAGUGCUUCUUAACAUCUCUCCAGAAUGUCUGGCCCUCCCUCUCACACUAUACCCCUUGUUCUAGAAUCUCCAACCAUGGGAAAUAGUUUAUCUAAUCCCAUAUUUUCCUCUUAAUAUCUAGAAAACUUCAAUCCAGUCAUCCCUUAAUUUCUAAGUUCUAGAGAAAACAGGCCUAAUUUGUAUAAUUUGUCCUCUUAACAACUCCUGAAGUCCAGGCAUCAUUCUUGUAAACCUCCACUGCACUCCUAUGGAGGCCAAUAUAUCCUUCCUAAGGUGUAGUGUCCAGAUCUAUUCUCAGUACUCAAAAUUGGGUCUAACAGGACUUUAUGUAACUACAACUUCUGCAUCCUUCUACCCCAGCCCACUAGAUACAAAGGCCAACAUUCCAAUAGCCGCCUUAAUUAUUUUCUGCACCUGUUUGUGGCAUUUUAAAGAUCUAUGCACCCGAAUCCCAAGCCUCUUUGGACCUUCACUGUAUUUAACUUCAUACCAUCUAGAAACUGUCCUUUUCCGGUCCAAAAUGGAUAAUGUCAUACUUGCUUAUGUUGAAAUCCAUUCGCUACAUUUUUGCCGAUUCACCUAGUCUAUCAAUGUCCCUUUGUGAUAGUGCACAAUCGUCUACACAGACUAGAAUGCCAUCUGAUUUUGUGUCAACAGCAAAUUAGGAUAUAUGAUUUUCUAUGCCACAUUCUAAGUUAUUACUAAAUAAUGCGAAUAGUAUUUCUUGAUGUUAAUAAAAAUUCUUAUGAAUUUUGAUUUCAUCGCUAUUUUAGAUACUCAGUUACAGAACUUAAUAAACUUUUGUGUGAAAAAAGCCUCUGAUUCUUUCACAAAUCAUUUAAAUCCAUGGCUCUUAGUAACUGAUCCAUUCACCAGAGGAAACGUAUUCUCCCUGCUUCUUUUAAUAAAACCCCUCACCAUAUUGAAUACCUUGACUGGGUCUCACCUUGCGCUCCUCUGCUCGUAAAAUCCGUACAGUGUGGAAGCAGACCAUUUGGCCCACCGGGUUCACACUGACUCCCCCCCCCCCCCAACCAACCAAACAACAUCCCACCUAGACCCAAACCUCUACCCAAGAACCGUAACCCUGCAUUUACCAUGGCUAAAUCCAUCCAGGCUACACCAUCCCUGGACUGUAGGAGGAGACAAAAGCACCCAAGAGGAAACCCAUGCAGACACAGAGGGAAUGUGCAAACUCCACAAAGACAGAUGCCCGAGGAUGAAAUCGAACCUGGGUCCCUAUGCUGUGAGGCAGCUGUGCUAACCACUGAGUCACUGUAAAAGAGAACAGUCCCAGCAGAUGCAAUGGGGAUACCAACCCCCUGCAAGUUCCCCUCCAAGUCACUCACCAUCCUGAUGUAGAAUCACAUUACUGUUUCUUCAGUGUUGCUGGGUCAAAAGUGUGGAAUUCCCUCUCUGAGAGCAGUGUGGGUGUCCUUGCACCUGAAAGGCUGCAGUGAUUCAAAAAGGCUGCACAGAAACUGCUUCUCUAGUCAGCGAUGCUCGUAUCCCAUGAACAAACAAAAAAAAUUGCUUCAUGCUGUUCCCUCUAAAUUGCACUACUUUGCACUUACCUGCAUUAAACUGCAUCUGCCAUCUCUCUGUCAAUAACCGUCUGCGUGUCUCAUCCUGAAAUCUCAUACUAUGCUGCUAACUGUUGCUACAUUGCCAAGUGUUUCCUUUUUAAUAACAUCUACAAACUUCAAGACUGUAUUGCCUGUGUGCAAGGGGACACAAUGACCUAGUAGUGUUAUCCCUGGACUUUUAAUCCAGGGACCCAGAUAAUGUUCUGGGGACCCAGGUUCAAUUCCUGCCAUGACAGAUGGUAGAAUUUGAAUUCAAUAGAUAUCUGGAAUUAAGAGUCUAAUGAUGACUGUGAAUCCAUUGUCAACUGGAAGAACCCAUCUGGCUCACUAACGUUCUUUAGGGAAGGAUGCUUCCAUCCUUACCUGGUCUGGCCUACAUGUGACUCCAGAUCCGCAGCAAUGUGGUCGACUCGUUACUGCCCUCUGGGCAAUUAGGGAUGGGCAAUACAUCGUGCCUGGUCAGAGAUGCCCUCAUCCUGUGAAUGAAUAAAAAAAACAAGUACCCAUCAUUUCUACAACUAACAAAGGCAAAUGGUCCAAGUUCUAACUCCUUUAUCAUGCUCUGAAACAUUUUUCACCACUCCAAUCCACCUCACAUCCUUUAGCCCAGUGCUAUUCUUCAAAGUGCUUAUUACUGAAAAUGAAUGUAGUCCUAAACAGCAACAAAACCAAACCAGCAAUAAAACAAUACAGUAACAUUCAGCAGAGAUAGUAGGAACUGCCGAUGCUGGAGAAUCUGAGAUAACACGGUGUGAAGCUGGAUGAACACAAGAAGGGUCCUGAUCUGAAACGUCAGCUUUCCUGCUCCUCUGAUGCUGCUUGACCUGUUGUGUUCAUCCAGCUUCACACCGUGUUAUCUUAGUAACAUUCAGUAUAUUACUAUUUGACAUAUAACAGAUUGAUAUGCUAUGCACAUCAAAUAAGUGUGGACAUGUGUUUUAAAGCACUUUGCCAAAGUAUUAUUUCAUGUACACGCUAGUCCAUUACUUCAUCUGAGCCACUUCAGCUUAUGGACUUUAAGCAGGAAGAGGUGGUUGAUGUUUUCAUUUGUAUUUAGUAUUGCUGAUCCAACAACAUCACACCAAUGUUCCCGAAGGGCCAUCUCAUCAUUGCUGAUUUUAAUAUGAAAUGUAUCAAACAAACGUUUGAUUUCCUACUGAUGAUUUUGAAUGACACCAAGUGCUGUUGGUGGUCCCAGACGGUUCAGUUUCACUCUGGAUUCUGAUACACUGCUGCUUUAAAAUGAAAUGGAUUUAACUCACAAAGGAAGUAACGACCUGAAUGAGUUGAUGUUUUGAGUCUGCUAUGACUUCUUCUGAACUAAUUAGUCAGUGUUAGACUACAAAUAGCUAAUUAGUCCACAAACCUGUGUUGGUUCACCCUUAUUAACACAUACUUCUACAAGAGAGAGUUAACUUCACUGUGAUAAUUUUGCUUUUACAUCUGGUUUUAUAUCUGUA